AUGGUAAUUUUCCAGCAAAUAAAUAAUUUCCAGUAUACCAUUUUCUCAAGAGGUAAACCUGCGUUCCUAAAAGGGCAAGGGGGCUGCAGCUCGCAGGGCCAGGAACAGCAACGAACGGAAGCACAGACGCCGCAGCGCGGAGGUGACACGGGGCCCGGCUGCCUGGCCCCCACCUGCCUGCGCAGCCGCCUGCUCCGGUCCCGGAGGCCCAGCCCCGCGCCGGCCUCGGGCCGCGGGCUCCCACCGCGGGUCCGCAGGGCUCGCCCCGUGCGUUCCCGCACCUGCCUCAGUGCGCCCGAGGUCCCGGAGCUGCCGGCGGCGCGACGCUUGCUCGGCUACGGACCCAGCGAGCUGCAGGCGAGGGGCGCGCGGGGCGGGGCCCGAGCGCCGGCGGAGGGGCGGGGCGCGGGGAGGGGACGUACACGGGGCGCUGGGCGGGGUUACUUGUGGCUGGAGACGCUGGGGGUGCUGGGCAGGGGCCGCACGGCGUGGCGCGCGGCGCUGGGCCGCCUCUGGGCCCUUCCCUGGGCUCCCGCGGAGGUUGGCUGUGCGGCCGCACACCUGCGUUACCGACUCUCCGGCUGCUGCGCGCGGGCAUCGGGCCGCUUUCAUCCUCUUCUGCUCAGCGCCUUAAAGAAACGGGUGCGGAGUAGAACUAGCCGGAGCCAUCGAUGUAGAAACACUGCCGUCACAAGCAGAGGAGAGCAAGGAUUAAAGUACCCACAGUUGGAGCAGCUGGAUGGAGUUUGGAAGAGCAACCAGUUGGAACCAAGCAGAGAAAGCAGUGGACCCCGCAUCCACAGGGAAGGCCAGGUCGCGAAGGCCAGUGUCCACACCGCCACACGGGGGUGCUCCCAGGGCAGUGGAGAGGCAAGGAUGCAACGUGCCCUCCCUGGACCCCUCCGAUUCUUCCCAUCCGGUUAAGGAAAGACUCAUGACAGGGCCCCGGGGACAAGCCCUUUCCAUGGUUCCCAGACUUCUGGAUUCCAGACGCCAACGACAGCUCCAAAAAAAAAAUUUUUUUUUGGUGACCUACAUAGAUUUGUCAAGCAUUUAUGUGGCCAAGUGAGAGGGAAAAGCAAAACAAAACCUGCCAUCUCCCAUCAGAAUCAUUUUAUUACAGAAACCUUUUUUCACCCAAAUGCAGAAAGGACAUUACCUCAGCUAAGGACAAUGUUUUGCAUGGAAUAUACUUAGCUGGGUGGACAUCUCCUGGGCUUGGCCGUAUUACUGUCGUGUGGGUGUGACCAUCUCUGUGGGCAAACCAGUUCCCAGCUGGGAAUUUCGGCCCCAAGAUCCAGCUGUACGUGGCCAGCCCUGCCCCCGUCACACCCGCUUGGGGCUGGGCAACCUGUGCCCACAUGGCCCAGCUCAUCGCCCACUGCCUGUCACCCACGCCCAGCUCUGCUGCCCCUGUGGCCUCCCGCGGCCAGCGUGGCUGCCUGGUCUCCUUGCCUGAGUGGGCAGAAGCAUCAGCCUCAUUCUCCUUAAAGCAUCUGUGCCCCUUGAUUAAUGUGCCUUUCAAAUGAUUACUAAGUCAGCAUUAUUUUAGCCUCCACAGUUGUCACUGAGCCAAUCCUGAGCCCAAAGACAUCACUUGAGCCCUUCCCUUCUCCAGGGAGCAGAAAAAAGAAGGUCCUGCCUUUCCUGGGAGGAAACUUAGUAGGACUGUGCUGUUUCUACCAUCUUUCCCAAAGAAAAUGUGAAAUAAAGACUUCCCCCCCUAUAUAGAAGCA